GUACUAGAGGAGAGGGAGGGUCUUGAUGCUAUUUGAUCGGUGAGCUUUUGAAGAUCACAAAGCUUUAUCCAGAAGACGGGCUGGACGAGCCCCGUGGGCUAUGGGAAUUGUUUUGCGUGGUUCGGAUAAAACAAACACAUGGGGAUCCUCUGGCUUUAUGGAGCGAGCUACACACAUGCUGUCUUAUUGCUUUGGAUUUUAUAGCGUAAAACACUUUGGAAUAUAACGGAGAGAGUAUCGUAAUCUACAUGCUCGUUUGGAGAACAUUCAGGUAGCAUCUACAUAAGUGCAGUAGAGGUGGUGUUUGCCCUCUGUGCCAGCAAUGGGGUGGCGAGAACUGAAGACUGACCUGCUGCUUCUACUGCUGCUAAUGACGUCCCACCUGGAGGCUGUGAGCUUUCCCGAGGACAACAUCCCUUUAGAUGUUGUGGACAGACACUAUGCACGACAGUACCCGGUUUUCCGUGGACGCCCCUCUGGCAACGAAUCUCAGCAUAGACUGGACUUUCAGCUGAUGACCAAGAUACAUGAUACACUCUUCAUCGCUGGCAGGGACCAGGUGUAUUUAGUGAGUCUAAGAGAGUCCUACAGGAAUGAGAUAAUUCCAUACAGGAAGCUGACGUGGCGGUCGGGACAGGCGGACCGGGAGACAUGUGCCAUGAAGGGAAAGCACAGAGACGAGUGCCAUAAUUUCAUUAAAGUCCUGGUUCCGAGAAAUGAUGAUCUUGUGUUCAUCUGUGGAACAAAUGGUUUCAACCCCAUGUGCCGUUACUACAGGUUGGAUAACCUGGAGUUUGAUGGGGAAGAGAUCAGCGGGUUGGCCCGAUGCCCAUUUGACGCCAAGCAGACAAACGUUGCCCUGUUCGCUGACGGUAAGCUGUACUCAGCCACGGUGGCGGACUUCCUGGCCAGCGAUGCUGUGAUUUAUCGCAGCAUGGGAGACGGCUCUGCCCUUCGGACCAUCAAGUAUGAUUCCAAGUGGUUAAAAGAACCACAUUUCCUCCAUGCAGUGGAUUAUGGGGAGUUCGUCUACUUCUUUUUCAGAGAAAUCGCAGCCGAGCACAACAACUUGGGAAAGGCGGUUUACUCCAGAGUGGCUCGGAUCUGUAAAAACGACAUGGGAGGGUCUCAGCGGGUGCUGGAGAAACACUGGACAUCUUUUGUUAAGGCUCGCCUGAACUGUUCCGUUCCUGGAGAAUCGUUUUUCUACUUUGAUGUCCUUCAGGCCAUUACAGACAUAAUCGACAUUAAUGGGGUGCCUUCUGUGGUUGGAGUUUUCACCACCCAGUUGAACAGUAUCCCUGGCUCCGCGGUGUGUGCGUUCUCCAUGGAGGACAUCGAGAAAGCAUUCCGUGGCCGUUUCAAAGAGCAGAAGACGGCAGAUUCAGUGUGGACACCAUUUCCAGAGGAAAAGCUGCCCAAGCCCAGACCCGGCUGCUGCGCGGGACACGCCUCAGCGGAGUCCUACAAAACCUCCAUCGAGUUUCCAGACGAGACCCUUCAGUUCAUCAAGUCACACCCACUCAUGGACCCCUCGGUCCCCUCCAUUGGAGACGAACCGUGGUUCACCAAAACAAGAGUCAGGUAUAGGCUAACGGCACUCGCCGUUGAUAACACUGCUGGACCGCAUAAGAAUUACACAGUGGUAUUCAUUGGGUCUGAGGCAGGCAUAUUGCUAAAAGUUCUCGCCAAGACAUCCCCCCUGUCUUUGAAUGACAGCGUCCUUCUGGAAGAGAUCGAUGUUUUCAACCAAGCCAAGUGUUUAUCCAGCAAUGAGGAUGAUAGAGAAAUUCUGUCUUUCCACCUAGAUAAAGACACCCACACACUCUAUGUGGCCUUUUCCAGCUGUGUGGUCAGAAUACCACUCAGCCGCUGCGAACGACACAGUUCCUGUCAAAAGUCUUGUAUUGCUUCUAGAGACCCGUACUGCGGGUGGAUGUCACAUGGAGCUUGUGAACGUAUUCCUGCUGCGGUGCAAACUGGUUAUGAGCAAGAUGUUGAAUACGGGAACACUGCUCAUCUCGGCGAUUGUCAUGAAUUUUUGGCCACUACAUCAGCGCCAGAUUUCAAAUCAUAUGGCGACCCAACCUCUGACAUGGAGUUGCCAUCCUCGUCAGUCACAGUGACCGCAAGUUCUGAACCCAUACAAUCACUCCAAACCAUCCCCACUCAGACUCCCCAACUCUUUGGCUCACGGAAAUCUGUGCUCGGCGAUGACCCAGCCACUUCACAUUCUGUUGAGCCUAUACCAGGUGUGCUGGAGGGUGUGUGGGAAAUACAAGCAGGUGAAUCUAACCAGAUGGUGCACAUGAACAUCCUUAUCUCCUGUGUGUUAGCUGCAUUCCUGCUUGGUGCAUUCAUCGCCGGUAUGGUCGUUUACUGCUAUAGAGACGCUUUCCUUCGCACACCACGCAAGAUCCAAAAAGAUGCAGAGUCAGCGCAGUCCUGCACCGAUUCCACUGGCAGCUUUGCCAAGCUCAAUGGUCUGUUCGACAGUCCUGUCAAAGAGUACCAACCCGAUAUGGAUUCUCCCAAACUCUACACCAACCUGUUGAGCAAUGGGAGGGAGGUGCCAACCAACGGAGACACUAAGACAAUGCUCCUGAGUGGGCAGCCACCGGAACUAGCAGCACUUCCCACGCCUGAGUCCACACCUGUUCUACAACAGAAGAGCCAUCAGCCAAUCAAGAACCAGUGGGAGAGAGCUCAUGGCAAGAUAAGUAGCUCCCGCAAAGAACCACCAAAAAGCCCACAAUACCUUCCCUCCAGUCCACCUCCCCAUUCUGCCAUUAGCAACCCCCACAUCCCUAGUGCCGUGGUACUGCCCAAUGCCACACAUGAAAUCAGAGGAUCAUUCAGUACCCCCGAAGGGCCUCAAGCUGAACACAAGAUCCAGAAUAGCGAUCAACAUGGUUCCAAAUCUGGCCGUAAAGACCAGCGACGCACUGUGGAUGCCAGGAACACGCUGAACGACCUCUUGAAGCAUCUGAAUGAGAGCACACCCCCCAAGGCCAUCAUGGUGGACAUGCCCAAAUCCCGACAGCACCUAAUGCUGGAACCCAUUAUAAGUCCAACGGAGAUUCCACCUAAAGUCCCAAGCCGAGAGGCCUCCUUGUACUCUCCCUCGUCAUCUUUACCCAGGAAUAGCCCGACUAAACGAGUGGAUGUGCCGACUACUCCGACAUCACCCACAGGCCAAAUGGGAACUCUCGAGAGACAGCGGUAUCACCGCAGCUCCUCCCAACGACACUCCAUAUCCUCGCCGCCCAAAGGGCUGCACUCCCCUAGCGGGGCCAUAGUGUCCCGCCAACCUAGUAUGAACAGAGGUGGGUACAUGCCCCCAACUCCUACCCCACCCACUAGACUAGACUCUCAUGGGGUACCAAUGGCUAUGACGCCUUCCGUAUCCCGACAGAGCAGCUACAGUGGUCACGGAUCUUUACCACGAACAUCCAUCAAACGGACAGCAUCGUUAAAGCCUGAUGUGCCACCCAAACCCAACGGUUUUGCACCACAGACUGCUCAAAUGAGGGCAGUGAACAAGUAUAGCUACUGAAAUGCUUUGCAAGAUCUUGCUCUUUGAAUGGACAAUGGGAGUAAAAGCGCUUGGCCCGCAGAGAUAUGGCCUUUCCUUUGAAGGGAAAUGAAUCG